CACGUUUUCAUACCCCCCUCAUUUUUCUUGUUAUUUCUUAAUCUCCCUUUUUGAGCCUAUAACAAACUAAAACCUCUUUCAAGUCUCACAUGAACUACACACCUAUAUAUAGCUUAGUUAAAUAGUGAGUAUUGAGAGAGAGAGAGAGAGAAUAAAUGAAUAAGGCAAAAGAGGAAAGAAAAUGUGUUGAGAAAUAUGAGAAGGAUAAUAUUGCUUACUAAGAUAGGGUGUGUAUUUCAUGUUUGCUUCACGCAAACACCUAACUAUUGAGGUUAAUUAAGCCUUUGCUUCAUCUCGUGGCUUUAAAGUUUUCUUCUAAUCCUUCAUUAAAAUAUAUUAACCCCACCAAACCCUUAUAUUCAUACAAACACCGUCUUAUUCUCUUCAUUCUCUUUUUCUCUCUUCCACACUUUCUCAAUGCUAUCAAUCUCAUAAACCUACUUUCUUAACCUAAUUAUAGUAGUGUAAUUAGUAUAUAUUUUUUACCCUAGCUAAUUUAUGAUCAUAAAGAAAAAAGAAAAAUAGAGUACUAGCUACAACAAUUUUAAUAAAUGAGUAUAAACUCUAGUUGUAGUGGUAGCGGUUGCGGUGGUAGUGGUGGAAGCGGUGGUACUUGCGGCCCAUGUGGCGCGUGCAAGUUUUUGAGGAGGAAGUGUAUACCGGGUUGUAUUUUUGCGCCUUAUUUUGAUUCGGAGCAAGGCGCUUCACAUUUUGCGGCGGUUCACAAGGUUUUUGGUGCUAGUAAUGUUUCGAAGUUGCUACAAAAUGUUCCGGUGCAUAAGCGUCUUGAUGCGGUUGUCACCAUUUGUUAUGAAGCUCAAGCAAGGUUGAGAGAUCCUGUUUAUGGUUGUGUUGCUCAUAUCUUUACUCUUCAGCAACAGGUGAUGAGCUUACAAGCAGAACUCUCCUACUUACAAGGCCACCUAGCCACAUAUGAAGUACCUCAACUACCAACACCAUCUCCACCACAAGCACUUCCAAUGGUUUCACUAACCAACCUCCCAUUACUCUCUUCUUCAUCCAUCCCACCCACAUAUGACUUAUCUUCACUUUUUGAUCCUAUGGCCCAAAAUCCUUCAUGGACCAUGCAUCAAAGGCCCAAUGAACCCCAUCAAUUUUUGGGUAGUGGCACAUCAACAAGUAGCAAUAGUGGUGGUGAUCUUCAAUCAUUGGCAAGAGAGCUUUUGCAUAGAUAUGGAUCUGCUCCAUUUUCUCAUUCUCAUUCCAAAUAAUUAAUCUUUAUUUUAAUCAACUAAUCUUUGCUUUUAGUUGAUAUAUGGAUAUGGAUACUAGGAAGUGAUCUUAAAUUUUCAAUGUUUCAUGUUAGGAAAGUAAUUAUAUUUAUCCUUCUUUAUAUUUUCUUUUUUGUAUAAUAUAUGGUUCUUUAUACUUUGCUAGUCAUUUUUCAUUUUUUUUUUCUAUUAGUUUUUUUUUCAAAACAUUGUGUAGGACAUCUUGCCCAAGAAUAGCAGGCUGAAGAUUUA